CUGGUCUCAAAUUCCUAGGUUCAAGAGAUCCUCCCACCUGGGUCUUCCAAAGUGCUGGGAUCACAGGCGUGAGCCACUGCGCCGGCCCUGCAAGAUUUCUUAGCUGUGACCGCUCCACCACAUUCCAAAGCCCUCUGGGUCUCCACUUCUACAUCUGGGAAAUGCAGGACAACAACAACAUCUUCCUCACAGGUCAGUUUUAGAAUUGAUGGAGGUCACGCACCCCAAAGCCUGAACAGAGAGCUCCGCCUGAACUAAGCGCUUCAUCCCCAGCUGCUAACUCUCAGGCAGACGUUGGGGGCCGGAAUCCUUAGAGCCUGGAACUUUGUGGGAGACCCCAAGCGGCACGGGUUGGGCCGAGCUGAGGCCCAGCAUUCUUCCUGCCUCCCGCGGCAAGCCACUCCCUGGGUGGCUAUUAUGCCUAAACUCUGAGUAAACCAUGCGGCCCUCGGGCGGUCGUUUCCAGCGCCCGGCGCCGCCGCGUGGCGGGUCCUGAUCACCUCCUCCUCUCCUUCCCGGACCCGAGGACACCCCGAGGACGCGUCGCAGGAUCUGGGAACGCACACUUGGGAGGAAAGGGGCCGCGGUGGACCGAUCCUCCAGGAAAAAGAGGACUGAGCACGUGAAGCGAAUCCUUUGGGCAGAGCCUUCUCUACCUCCGCCCUAGCAUCGCCCAAAAGAGAGGCCUGGACUAGGGCCGAGGAAGGCUGGCGAUUAGACUCUGGGAAGAACUUCCGCUCCGCGAGUCAGCAGCGCGGUCUUAGCCCGAAGCCCCGGGGAGGUCAGGUCCCUUCGUCCCGAGGGCCGGGCCAGGGAGGGCGAGUUCUGCCCCGAGGCCUGGCACGCCCUGCCUGGCUCAGGCUGGAAAGAAAGAAAGCGCCGAGUCAGCCUGGGCUGCGGCGGGCGCGGGGUGCGCGCCUCAGCACUUUCUGUUGUCUUCCCCGGUGGCUGGGGCCACAGCGGCGGCUGCGGGAGAGGCCUCGGCUCCCCAGUGGAGACCAGAGCCGACCGCAGCCUGCCUGCUGACUCAGCUCCCCCACCCCCGAAGGAAAGGGUACGGGCACGGGGACAAGGCCGGGGUAUAAAGCCCGGCCCGCCUGGCCGCGCGCAGCCUCGCAGCCCGUCUAUUUCUCUCGCGUGCGGCGCUCACCCACCCGCGGCAUGAGCAGCGCCCCCGCACCGGGCCCAGCGCCCGCCAGCCUCACGCUCUGGGAUGAGGAGGACUUCCAGGGCCGUCGCUGUCGGCUGCUGAGCGACUGUGCGAACGUCUGCGAGCGCGGAGGCCUGCGCAGGGUGCGCUCGGUCAAGGUGGAAAACGGCGUUUGGGUGGCCUUUGAGUACCCCGACUUCCAGGGACAGCAGUUCAUUCUGGAGAAGGGAGACUAUCCUCGCUGGAGCGCCUGGAGUGGCAGCAGCAGCCACAACAGCAACCAGCUGCUGUCCUUCAGGCCAGUGCUCUGCGCGAACCACAGUGACAGCCGUGUGACACUGUUUGAGGGGGACAAUUUCCAAGGUUGCAAGUUUGACCUCAUUGAUGACUACCCAUCCCUGCCCUCCAUGGGCUGGGCCAGCAAGGAUGUGGGUUCCCUCAAAGUCAGCUCCGGAGCGUGGGUGGCCUACCAGUACCCAGGCUACCGAGGCUACCAGUAUGUGUUGGAGCGAGACCGGCACAGCGGAGAGUUCCGUACCUACAGUGAGUUUGGCACACAGGCCCACAGUGGGCAGCUUCAGUCCAUCCGGAGAGUACAGCACUAGGAUCCAUGGCCCCAGACACCUUCCCUGAAGACCCUCAAUAAAGGUUCCUGAAUCUUCCUGCC